UGUUUGUGCAAUGAAGGUGUGGCUCUGAGCAACGCUUGCAGCAAGUGUGAGUGGGAACGUCAAUGUGUGCGACUGAGCUGGCUGCUCAAGCGAAAGGGUGGGCUUCAAGCCUAGCAUGCUGAUGCCAAAGAAGGAAAGAUAGCAGAAAAACAAAGUGUGCUGUAUGUUGUAUGUGAAUAUCAAUAUGAAGAAUAACAACAAAAACAAAAAUCAAAAGUAGUCUAUACAAAUGACAACAAAUACACAUAGAGGCGACGACAACCGAAUGGACAUUUGACCGACCGACCGAUCAGCUAACGACAACGAUUGUAUCUGAAACGCUGAAGACGGACGUUUGUGAUGGCUGAAAAAAUUAGCACCGAUCAUUAGCUUGGUAGUGCGCAAACGGGUGUGAAGUCCGAAAAAAAAGUUGUGCGAAUAACGCGAAUGCGAUCGCGAACGCAAAGGUGACCGCAAAGUGAUCAAAAUGAGCUAAAUAGGCACACAAAAAGACGACAUCGAAAAACAGCCGAAUUAUAUACAAAACAAUAGAAACAAGCGUGGUGAAGUUACUGAAAGUACUCUGAAAGAAUAUUUAUUGACCAAAUAAGAAAGUACUUAACCGUAUACAGUAAAUCAGGUGAAAUAAGUGACGAGUGUUUUCUCAUAUUUAUUAGAAAGUGUGUACAAAAUAUAGUUUUUGCUGAAUAAUAACCAGGAUAUACAACUUUAGAGAGGACGUCUGAUAUUCCUUUGGGGUGGAGGAAGCAAAAGGGCGUACGAUUGUUCAAGCACAUUUUUUUUGACACAAUGACCACUUCUCAUAUUUUAUCAGCAGCCGAUCCUUCUGGCAUGAACGGUUCUGGAAACCAUAGUAAUAGCAAUAACAACACCAAUAACAUGGCAGACAACGGUGGAGUUGGGAGCACACUUCACAAUGGCACAAACAACACCAACGGCGGCCAUUCGGAGGCACAUUCACCGCAUCACACGCAUCAUAACAUGACUGUCAACAGCAGUGGCGGCGGCAACGGGGUCAAUGCUGGGGUCGCCAGCGGCAUGGGCGGCAGCAUGAACCAACUCGGAGGAUCGCUUGCGGCGAACCGCAGCCCGGGCAUGGAGAGGAAUCUGCAUGUCAGUCUCGAUGACCGUGAAUUGUGGCUGCGCUUUCAGAAUCUCACCAACGAGAUGAUCGUUACGAAGAAUGGCAGGCGCAUGUUUCCGGUGGUGAAGAUUAGCACUUCCGGUCUGGAUCCAGCUGCCAUGUAUACGGUUUUGCUAGAGUUCGUGCAGGUGGACACACAUCGCUGGAAGUAUGUCAACGGCGAGUGGUGUCAUGCGGAUUUUCUUCAGGUACCCGGCGGCAAGGCAGAGGUCCCACCCGCAAACCCCAUCUAUGUGCAUCCCGAGUCACCGAACUUCGGAGCACACUGGAUGAAGGAGCCCAUUUCGUUUGCCAAGGUGAAAUUAACGAACAAAACCAAUGGGAAUGGACAGAUUAUGUUGAAUUCGUUGCACAAGUACGAGCCGCGUGUGCAUUUGGUACGCGUGGGUUCCGAGCAGCGUCACGUGGUCACAUAUGCGUUUCCAGAGACACAGUUCAUUGCUGUUACCGCUUAUCAAAAUGAAGAGGUUACUUCAUUGAAAAUCAAAUACAAUCCAUUUGCAAAGGCUUUUCUGGAUGCCAAGGAGCGUCCCGAUACAUUGUAUUCACAUGAGGCACCAUACGGUUGGCUAAUACCGCCCCCAACCCAUUACACCAGCGUUGCGCAGGCACCUCCCCCCCCGCCACCAAGCUUGGCGGUGUCGAACUCGUCAUUGGGUAUGAGUUGUGAUCGCUAUGGACGCGCGCUCAACACCCGCGGCAUGGCCACACAUAGUACACGCGUCUCACCAUACGCACGUCCGCGUCUAGCCUCGAGCACACCUGGCACGAGCUCCCCGGGUCCGGUGGGUGCGGGCGUGAUUAAUGGCAGCACUGGCAGUGCAUCGCCGCCACAGCAGCCACCAUCGGCUCCGCACACACCGACUAGCAUGCAGUCCACACACACCACCAACAUGGGUGCUGGUGCCAGCAAUGCGGGCUUGACUAGCUCCGCAAAUGCCGUCAGUUCGUUUCCGGGAUUUACCAGUUCCUAUACGCAGUCUAGUUUUAUGCCGGUGGAGCCGAGCUCUUCGAUGUUCUCAUAUGCUGGCAGUUGGCAAAGCAAUAGCGGUUACUGGGGAACACCGUCGGCGGUGCCAGCUGUGCCUCCCACAGCCGUGCCGGUGAAUGUCACUCAAAACAACAGCAACGGCAGCGGCAGUGUUGCCCGAUCGAUGUCUGCACAUAAUUCACCAUCUCCUACCAACGGUGGUUCACCCAACUACACGAGCCCGUCGCCUGGUUACACCAUUCACCAUCUCACUUCGCAUCCCUCUCAUCAGUACAAUGUUGCACAAACGGCGGCGGCAGCGGCACAUGCCGCGGAUAUGUAUCAAAGCGCCGCGCCUACACAGUCGUACGCCGCACCGCCAACACAUCAGGUCUAUCAUCCCACGCCCACAUCACCACCCCAUCAGUUGUAUACAAACGUGCUGAAUGCACCAACGGCAUUGAGCUAUGCCGGCAGCUCGUGGCAUAAUGGCGGUGGAGCGGACUAUGGCUUAUAUCAGAAUGCGGCCUAUGGCUACCAGCCGGAAUAUAUACCGUUAGUCUCGGAUUUAGGCUACACCACACAUCCGCUAGAACCCGUCGAAGUUCCUAAACCGUUCGAAGAUCCGCAGGCCGCCAUUUACAAGUCACCACAACAGGCUACCAGCGAUGGCGCUGGCACCUCGGUGCUAACAUUGGAAUGCACCAAUUUGAAGGAACAUUCACCGUCCGUCGCCGUAAAAUUGGAAACGCUAGAGAGUGUGGUCGCGCCAAGUCACGAACGUGGCGCCGUGGUUGCAACUGCGGCCGAAGCUGCCGUUGCCACAGCCACUCAACAUACGACGAGCGGAACCUGGACACCGCUGACCCCACCGCAGAGUGCGUUGCAAUAG